AUGUCUCGCGACAACGACGUUGACGUUGAUAAGAAUGCCCAAUUCAACACCGCUGUGACAGGCGUCGGUUCACGUACCAAGCAAGAAAGCGUCUCCACCGCCAACCAUGGUUCUCAGUCUCCGGCAGCACUACCCGGUGCAAAGUCCCCCGGUGUCAUACGCAUCGAAGCUCUCAACGCUCACACGUCCUUCAUCAAUCGCUGCUGCAUCUUCUUCGGCAUCUUCCUUGUCGCGUAUGCGUAUGGUUUGGAUGGAACGCUACGGUACACUUAUCAGCCAUACGCUACUGCAGGAUUCCAGGAACAUUCGACGUUAGCCACUAUUAAUGUAUUGAGAAGUGUCAUCGCAGCCGCCGCGCAGCCCACCGCUGCCAAGAUUGCCGAUGUCUUUGGCCGUGUAGAAGUCGUCGUCCUCUCCAUCUUCUUCUACAUCCUUGGAACAGUCAUCGAAGCUGCCAGCAAAGAUGUCGAGUCCUUCGCUACAGGUGCAGUCUUUUACCAGGUAGGCUACACGACUGUCAUUGUCCUCAUCGAAGUCAUCAUAGCCGACAUCACAUCCCUUCGUUCCCGCCUCUUCUUCUCCUACAUACCCGCUAUUCCGUUCUUGAUCAAUACGUGGGUUAGUGGGGAUGUCAGUCAGGCUGUGCUCAACCAAACGACUUGGCGAUGGGGUGUAGGCAUGUGGUGUAUCAUCUACACUGUGUGCUGCAUCCCGCUAGUUGCCUCGCUCAUGUGGUCAAGCCGACAAGCCCGAAAGGCUGGAGCACUCGACAAGUACCAAACGCCGUACCAGGUCCAUGGAAGUACCAAGAACUUGCUAAUGGCGCUCUUCUGGCAAAUGGAUGUCCCUGGUAUCGUGCUACUGAUCGUCGUGUUCGGCUGCAUUCUGACGCCUUUUACUAUUGCGGGUGGCGAACAGUCGCAAUGGGGUACGGCAAAAGUCAUCACUCCCCUCAUUAUCGGGGUUCUGUGCGUCCCCAUUUUCGUCAUGUGGGAGCAGAGAGCACCGCAUCCGAUGCUUCCCUUCCAUCUUCUCAAGGAUCGCGCCGUCUGGGGUGCUCUUGGAAUCGCUUGCACCUUGAACUUCGCAUGGACUAUGCAAGGCGACUUCCUCUACACCGUACUCGUCGUUGCAUUCGACGAAUCCAUCAAGAGCGCAACUCGAAUCAGCUCUUUGUACAGUUUCACUUCUGUCAUCACCGGAUUGAUCCUCGGUGGAAUUGUAUUCAAAGUUCGCCGCCUCAAGCCGUUCAUCAUCGCGGGCACUUGUCUGUUCGUGGUAGCUUUCGGCCUUCUGAUUCGCUUCCGCGGUGGCUCGGGCGGUUCAUCGCAUUCUGGCAUUGUUGGCGCGCAGAUAUGCUUAGGUAUCGCGGGAGGCAUGUUCCCAUAUCCUGCACAGGCCAGCAUCCAAGCUGCAACAAAACACGAACAUGUCGCCAUCGUGACAGGCAUCUACCUCGCAACUUACAACAUUGGUAGUGCGCUUGGUAAUACGGUCUCGGGUGCCAUGUGGCAGCAAAUCAUACCGAAUGAGCUGGCUCGUCGGAUUGGAGAUCCUUCCCUCGCAUCCGUCGUUUACGGCGAUCCGUUUUCGUUCGCUGCUUCGUAUCCAGUGGGCACGGCCGAACGUACUGCUGUGAUUGAGGCAUAUCGGCAUGUGCAAAAGCUACUUUGCAUUGCGGGUAUCUGUCUUGCAGUGCUUCUUGUCGCAUUCUCGCUGGUUAUCCGCGAUCCGAAGUUAGGCAAGGAGCAGAGUUUGGAGCAUGCUGAGGAAGAUGCGGAAGUUGUCCGCUCGGAUAGUAAGCAGUAA